AUGACAAAAAAAAUUAAACGUCAUAAUAAAAAAAAAACUUAUAAUAAAAUAGGCUUAAGAAUUAAAGAGUCGGAUCAGUUAUUUAAUGAUCUCAAUAGCAAGUUCAUUGCAGAAAUAGACCCUGAUUUACCCGGCAAUGGCCAAUUUUAUUGCAUAGGUUGCCAGCAACAUUUUCAAAAUGAUUCUUGUCGAGAAGUACACUAUAAAUCUAAAAAGCACAAAAGAAGAUUAAAACUUUUACAAAACCCUUACAGAGUGAUUGAUUCGGAGAUAGCGGCGGAAAUGACACAUGAAAAAUACCAGUCAAAAAAAAUGAUUAUGGAUUAA